GACACCACGGUCAUUCAACAAACUUCCCGAAUCUACACAACACUUCGUUACUCAAUAUUACCAAAUCCAGAUAACAAACCAAACAGAAAACAAUAACAACACUUAACAACAAACUUACCCCCACACACGAGAAAUAAAACUCACGCUUUUCGUAUUGAUGGUAUCCGUAAACCCUAAUCAAACACAAGCCUUCUACUUCUUCGAUCCUUCAAACAUGGGUCUUCCCGGCGUCAACCAACUCCCACCACCGCCACAACCACCUACUACCGCCGCCGCAUCUACCACCUCCGAGGAUCCGAAUAAGAAGAUCCGAAAACCGUAUACGAUUACUAAAUCUAGAGAGAGUUGGACUGAUCAGGAGCAUGACAAGUUUCUAGAAGCUCUCCAAUUAUUUGAACGUGACUGGAAGAAGAUUGAAGCCUUUGUUGGUUCAAAAACAGUUAUCCAGAUACGGAGUCAUGCACAGAAGUAUUUUCUCAAAGUUCAGAAGAAUGGAACAAGUGAGCACGUACCUCCUCCUCGGCCAAAGAGAAAAGCUGCUCACCCAUACCCUCAAAAAGCUCCAAAAAACGUCCCUACUGCGUCCCUAGUCACUGGGCCAUUGCAAUCUUCACCUGCCUUUGUUGACCCAGCAUACAUUUAUAGCACAGAUUCAUCAUCUGUGCUUGGAACACCAGUUACUAGUCUGCCUUUGUCAUCUUGGAACUAUAAUGCGAAACCACCUGCUAGUGUGCCACAAUUGACUACAGAUGACACGGGAUGGACUGGAUCUGGACAAGCUGCUCCGCUUAAUGGUUGCAAUAGCAGCAGUAAUGACAGCACUCACCUGGCUUUGCCAAGUAGUAAAGGGAUUAAUCAAGGCAAUCAAGGCAAUGUGGGCAAGCCAGUUCAUGUCAUGCCAGAUUUUGCACAAGUAUACAACUUCAUUGGCAGUGUAUUUGAUCCAAAUUCAACUAAUCACCUACAGAGAUUAAAGCAGAUGGACCCAAUAAAUGUUGAAACGACACUGCUAUUGAUGAGAAACCUCUCCAUUAAUCUAAUGAGCCCAGAAUUCGAGGAUCAUAAGAGGCUACUGUCGUCAUAUGAUGCUGACAGUGAAAAGGGAAAGUUUGCUAAUUCAAGCAGCAGCAAAACCAUGCCUGUUGUAAAAUCUGAAAAUGCCGUUUUUUCUGCUUAGGGUGUUAUCAGUGGUUUGUCUUGAAGAUUGGACUUUCCAAUUUAUUUUGUGAGUACAUAAAGUAGGAGAAAGAGGAGCUGAGGACAAAACGUUUUGCUAAAAAAAAUUGAAGAGUGUAAAUGGUUGCAUCAUGCAUGUACAUAGAACACAUAUGUGUGCCUUUUUGAUACAUUUCUUGUCUGUCUGUCCUAGGCAUUGGUUCGAUAGUUAAUACUUGAUAGUAUCCUAGUAAUUUGUAUGUACUAUAUGUGUAUAAAGCACGAAGAUGGCUGUGCUUAGAAUGCAGGAGACUGAGUGUCCUGUUUAGGUUACUUGUGGAGGCUAUGCUGUACAGUUUGUUGAGUACUUUCAAGGUUUAUGCUUUCAAGCUUCUUUCAAAUAUUAACACGAAAGAGCGGUUUUAGGAUUUAGGAGGUGAUGUAUAUAAACUAAUAAAACAUCACUGAAGAUAGUUCUAAGUUUGUUUACAUGCACUAAGUCUGAUCUAUCAAUGAAUUCAAGGUUUGGUCUGUAAUUAGUUAGUAGAUUUAUUUGGUUUUGUCUGUAAUAUGUUAGUAGAUUUACUUGGUUUGGUAUGUAAUAUGUUAGUAGAUUUAUUUUUAUGUUUGAUUUUGACAUUUAUAAAACUCUGAUAGGAGCUUGAAGUUUACUAAA